AUGGCUCCGGCCAUUUCCUCGCAUCAACCCGAAAACCAAGUUUCUUAUGCGAACCCACACGUGAAGCAACUCCAUUUCUUAAAAAUGGAGCAAGAGCUGGAUAAAAGGGCAGCAAAAGGGGGGAUAAAGGAUAAGAUGAGCAAAAACUUACAUUUCAGCUCAGUUUUGAAUCUGGGCAGCUGCCUUACCAUGCCACUGUCGAACAGGACGAGGAAAGAAUCUGAGAAUCUGAACUCACCGUGUGAAGCCGAGGAGGUGAAUAGCGGGUGGGCGGAGGAAAACCUUGAAGGGAAACGCAGGCAGAUUGCAAUUUCAUCCUUGAGUUCUUGGAUGGGUUUUUCAGUUUUCAGGGGAUUUUGGUGGGUAGAUACUUACCUCAAUGCCGCCAUGUUGCGAAAUAUCGGUAGGAACCAUCUUCUUCCAAUGAAUCAUUGGGCUUGGCAUCCAAAACUUUUCAUAAUCACAGAUUUGGACUUAUUGGAGAAAAUGGAGAAAUUGGAGGAUCAUAUGCCCAUUGACCUAUCAUUAAUUUUCUCGACGGCCUGCCGAUUCAACAAACUACUCGACGAGCUCCCCUCGCUCCGCCACGUGUCGUCCCCUGAAUUCUCGCUCCCGAAAAACGCACCCCCGCCCCCAUCCUCAUCUCCCGCCGUCGAGUUCAACGGUCUCUCGCUCGUAUCCGACGACAACGAGAGACGGGCCGCCAUCGUCGUGGUGGGGCCCACAUGUGAAGCUAUCCAUCUACUUACCCUAAUCCCCUCGAGCUCCUUCGCCACCUCACCCAUCGGCGGCCUCGCUUCCCCGUUCCACGCCAGGCACCGAAACGCGAGCUCCGCCACCCGGCCCACCGACUCCCGGGUCCACGCGACACUGUCCGCCUCCGCAGUCGCCAUCUCUUCCUUGAGAGCCGGGUCCAAUAUCUCGUCCAACCGACCCUUCCCGAUCCUGUCGGCCGCCAGCGUUCGCCUCCUCCAUCGGGCGCUCGAGAUCCACCGCCUGCAUCCCCGUGAUAAUCUCCGCGAGGACCACCCCGAAGCUGUACACGUCGCUCCUGUCCGACAUCCGGAAGCUCGUGUGGUACUGCGGGUCCACGUAGCCCGGCGUCCCCUGCGGCGCGGUCGACACGUGGGACGUCGCCGACGACAGCUCGCCGCCUGGCCCGGGCCUCGAGAGCCCGAAGUCGGCCACCUUGGACCCGAACCGCGCGUCGAGGAGUAUGUUGCUCGACUUGAUGUCCCGGUGGUAGAUGGGCCUCGGGCCCGCGCCAUGGAGGUGGGCCACGGCGGAGGCCGUCUCGGCUGCGAUGGUGAGGCGGACGGGCCACGGAAGCGGGGCCCGGCCCAGCCUGGCCAGGAGGUGCUCGGCGAGGGUCCCGUUGGGCAUGAACUCGUAGACGAGGGCGUGCUCGUCGUCGCGGUCGAGGGAGCACCCGAGGAGGCGGACGAGGUUCGGGUGGCUCACGGACGAGAUCAGACGGAUCUCGUUCAGGACCUGCUCGGUGCACGACGGGUACCUGCGCUGGAUCCGUUUGACCGCGACCCACUCGUCGUUGAUUCUUCCCGAGUAGACGGUGCCGUAGGCCCCGCACCCGAGCCUCCUUUUCUCGGAGAAGAAGUCGGUGGCUUUCUCGAUCUCCGUGUAGGGGUAGAUCGGGAUUGUGAUACCGGAGGUCUCGUGCGGGUCCCGGCGGCGGGGGACUCUUCUGCUUCGGGUCGCCCCCAAGCCGUCGCGGAACCCAUCGCCGGUGAACCCUUCCAAACACUCGCACCUGUACGCCGCCCCAUUCCCCUCCUCCGGCGGCGACACGUGGACGCACCUCCCGUGUUCCGAGCACCGGCAGCCGCCGCGCAACCACCACCCGACCCUCACCACCUCCACGUCCAGCGACACCGACGAGUCGUUCGCCAGCGCAUUCAUCGAGAUCGCCGAGAAGAGCCACCGGCACCCGCUCCUGGUCAUCCUCCGGUAGUCCAUGAACGCCGUCCGGUUCGGCGCCUCCGCGUAGCAGGCGACGGCGGGACCGUCGCAGUCCGCCAGCUCGAAGUGCGUCUGCACCGCCGUCCGCGGCAUGAAGCAAUCGGCGCCGGUGGUCCGGUUCCGGCAUUCGCGGAGGAGCAUCGCGUUUGUCGCCGUCGGGGCGAAAUUUUCGGUGAAGAGGCGGCGGAGCGCCUCGACGGGGCGGCGGCAGGCCGCCCGGAGGCCGAGCGAGAGGGUGUCGCCGUCGAUGGACUGGACGGGGAGGCCGGCGGCGAGGACGGCGCCGCCGGGGGCGCAGUCGAGGCGGAUCGGGCAGGCGGCGGAGAAGCCGAAGGGGAAGGGGACGGUGCGGCCGGCGCACGUGUGGUUGCACCGGGCGCCGGCGGAGGCGGCGGGGAAAGGGACGAUGAUUAUUAUUAUUGCGACCGAAAAAAGACU